UAUUCUCAUAUUAUUGAUAAACUAUGUAAAAGAGGUCUAUUUUGCACAGCGUCUGACAGAUUUAGGAUGCUAUGAUUUCAAAAACAUAAAAGCUAGCAGCAAAACGGAAAUCGCUGAUAAUUAAUUUAACAGUUUAUUUUAUUACAGAUCCAUCGAAAUUCAUAUAAGCUCAUUUGUGAUUUCAAAAAAAUCUUAUUUUUUAGUCAUAAUAUAUGCUGUUUACAAUAAAAAGAAAGCUUAAUUUGCCCCCUUUUUACAUAACUACACAAAUAAUAUAUUUUUAAAACUAUAUGAUUACAAUCGUUAUAUAUUACUAAAAAUUUUAUAAACUAAAAUUUACUAUGUUUACUAAGAUGCUUAGGUCAUUCUUAAAUAGUCAAACUUUCAACAGCACUAAAAUGUAUAGUACAAUCCUUUGACACAGCCAUCCUAGAAAUGUAGAUUUCAUACAGAACAUCUAUAAAAACUUCGACUAUAUCCAUAUAAUUGAAAUUUUUUCGUUUCACUGUCUUGAUUAUACAGUACAUUAGUUUCAACGACAAAAAAAAAGUUUGCUACACAGUAUUAUCGGAAGCUUGAAUAUAAUACAUUUUGCCAACAUUGCCAAAUCAUUUCAUUUUGAUCAAAAAGGGUUAAUCACAAGCUGACUAGUCCGAUCCGCCGGAAGGCACACGGAAAAACUUGAAUGAUCGAAACAGCAACACUGUGGUUCAGUCCUAAGGACCAACACCGGCCACGGUACAACCCUUCCCUAAGGAAGCACGUCCCGUCAUUGAUGGGAGGAGCCAUACCUGUCCUCUCCCUAUUGUAGUGGGAACUAACCGCAUAUCGGAAGCUUCCCGUCCUCAUUUCUAAAGAUCAAAAAGGGUAAAAGCUUUCAAAAAGGUAUCGCGUCAGUUUAUAACGCAAACGUAUUCUAAGUUCAAUACGCAUCUUUGUAAAUAAAUUCACAAAUUCUAAAUUCAUAAUUUUUUUUCUUUGUUUACGUUUUAGUCCAGAAGCAAAAUUCAUUCUGAAUAUUAUCUUUAGCAGUGGUUCAACAAUGAACAUGUCAUGAGCAUUGGAUUUAUAAUCUUCCUGACUACACUUUGGCUAUUGAUUCCUACAUCAGUUACAUAUUCAGUGGAAGAUUUUAUGCGAAGUAUUCUUAAGAAAAUAAUGACCUGUCCUAUUACUAAAGAUGGUUACAUCUCACAAAGACCUGUUGCUGCAUUCUCUCCGGCCAGAUACAUGCAACUGAUUGCUCUUGUUAAGAAGGACUCCAAAGAACUCACCUGUGGAAGAUCGAAACCUGUUCCAUUUCUCCUAAAUGAUCCAAGAACAUGGAAUUUCUGCACCAUAGGAUUAUGUUUAUCAGAUGAAUGUGUCUGCUUCAGAGAUUUCAAUGGAAAGAAAUGCAAUAAAUUUCAAGGAAAAUGUUGGCUUUUUUAUUGUUUCCUGACUGGAUGCAAAUUUGAACUUCCCAGCCUCCGCUGCGCUUGCGAUGCAUCGCUGUACGGCCAAACUGUCUCAAGCGGUAUUUACUUCUACGAUCAUGGUAUUGAACAUACCUAUCGACCACCACCUAUUGGUUUUGCCACGAUCGAUGUGAUUGAAGUUCCUGUCAUACGAGAAACAGAUUUUGGAGGUUACGAAGUAAUUGGGGGAAAUCAUCGCAAAUCAAUGGAUUCAGAUAUAUAUCUUCAAAACUCCCAGGAGGAUGGGAUGUUUGUACCAACAAAACAACAAUUCCCCUUAAGUAGAUGGAACAGAAAAGAAUACUUUCCAAACAAUUUCCGCCUUGCAGAAUCUCCUGUACAAAGUGAAGUCGUCCAAAAAAACACCGCUUAUGGAAAUCAUUUCAAACUGUCGCACCCAAGAGAGUUUGAAAAUACUUAUCCAUAUGAAGACGAAAGAUCUAUAAGUGAAAACUUUCUAGAUUCGAAAAACAAUAUAGAAGACAAAGAUUUCAGUAAUCAGAUCAAUUUGUAUGAGAACAUGGAAGCCAAACCAAAACGAUUUGAAAGAUUCAGGUACAUAAAUCAGGCUGAUGAAAAUGCUCAAGAAAACGAAAAUGAAUCUCCAGAUUACAGAAAUUGGCGAAAUGAGAAUUCAGAUUACAUUUUUAGAAAGCCAGUGGGUCCAUUUUACAAAACAAACUUGGAUAUACUCAAUGACAGAAAAUAUCCCAAAGGAGUAAAAAAAAAUGUCAGGAAUCUGGAUAUGGUGGAUGAUGAAAAUUCUUUGCAAACAUUCAAAUAUCCAGAUACAUUCAACGAUUGGGAGGAAAUCAAUCCAUACAACCGCCCAAAGUCAUACACAAAGUUUUCAAGAUUUUCUCGAAACACGAUGAAUCGUCCGGGAAGUUUUCAAGAAAAACAAACCAACGAGGGAGGCAGGCCGGAUUUCAGUACAAUGAGAGUUUUGUGGUCGGAUUCAGAGGAUGAAGAAGUUUCAGGUGAUGAAUUCAAGUUCCUCUCCGAAAAUGAAGCAUCUAUUCUAUAUUUCAAUCCAUUUUUGCAUUUAUGUAUUUUUCUUAUGGUAUUUAUUUUUUUAUAAUAAAGAUUAUCAAUUUUUUCAUCAA